AUGGCGUCGACAAGCACAAACAAGCAGCUCUACUACGAGUUGUACCGACGCUCUUCCAUCGGAAUGCAGCUCACGGACGCUCUGGACGAACUGAUCCAGUCGGGCCACAUCAACCCCGUCCUGGCCAUGAGGGUGCUCAACGAAUUCGAUAAAGCCAUCGCAACCAAUCUGGGCAAGAACGUCAAAGCCAAGAGCCAGCUCAAGGGACAUCUCAAGGACUACAGAUUGUGCGAAGAAGUGUGGACGUUCAGAGUCCGCAAUGCCACGCUCAAACUCGACAAUUCCGAGAUCCUGGACGUCGACAAGGUCAAGAUCGUUGCGUGCAAGAUGGCCGAUUCCACGUCCAAGUAG